AUGCAUGUAUGCGCAUAUUAGAGACAAAAAUGUGCCGUGCUGGCGCCUCCUGUCGACAGUUAUGGGCUACUGCCAGUGCACUGAGCUGCAGAAAGAGAGGGGCAUUCUCAGAUUUCCCGAUUUCUCCCAGCCGAGCCGAGUCCGCUUUGCCGCUUCCACAUCACGGCCGACAGCAAAACCGAGACGACGUUGACGACGACAUGCGUCCAGUGUGCUUCAAUCCCGUAACUAUCCCAACCGGACUGUGUUGCUCCAUAUCCACCUAGACUCAAACAAGGUGAGGAGAUUCAAUCCUAAGGGAAUGGUGCUGCUGAGAUGACCUGCAUGACAUUGCUUUUCUCAAGAGAUCAUUCUCCAAUCAAAAGAGCAGAGGGAAAUCUACCUGGGACAUGGUUGGGAGGUUCACAUGAUGGACAGGUGAUGGAGUCUUCCAUCAUCUUUCUCCACCAGUGACUCGGCCUGCCAGCCCUCCCUUUGAGGCAGAAGUGUGUACCAGCGGUCCAAGGCCCCCUAUUUCUCUGCCAUGGUGACAUAAGCAGCGCUGCAAUAUGAGGGAGAGCCAACGUGAGACCGUGUCAUUUCUUUCUCCAGUAGCUGCUGCAGCUGCUAUCUUCACACCGUUUGUGUUUGGCUCCAUAACAAGACUGACCUUGUUGUGAAUAAUCUCUGCUCGCCGUUUUUUUUACCCUCACCGAGCGAGACUGUCCCCGUGUUGCUGGGCUGCUGGGGCGGAGCGGUGUGGCGUGAGACGAUGCUUGGAUGCGUGACACGCCUCCGUCGGCUGGUCCGUCUCCUCCCACUGCAGACCUCCCUCCUCCUCCUCUUCCUCUUCUGCACUGUCAGCGUCUGCAUCUCGGCCUACUUCCUCUAUGGCGUCAAGCGGGAGCUGGAGCCGUCGGGAGGGGGCGUGUCCGGGGCAGAUGGCGCAUCCGCCGACUCGGACGACCCGAGGGUUACUCCGUCCCGGCUACUACCUUUACGGGGCGUCUCAGGGGGACCUGGGAUGGAUCCCGGAGGGGCCAGGACAGAUCCUGUAGUUCUGGUGUUUGUGGAAAGCCAGUAUUCUCAACUGGGUCAGGAGAUUGUGGCCAUCUUGGAGUCUGGCCGGUUCAGGUACCGGACUGAGAUCUCUCCUGGUAAAGGGGACAUGCCCACAUUGACAGACAAAGAGAGAGGGCGUUUCGCACUGGUGAUUUAUGAGAACAUUCUCAAGUAUGUUAACUUGGACGCCUGGAACCGAGAGCUGCUGGACAAGUACUGUGUGGAAUAUGGAGUGGGCAUCAUUGGCUUCUUCAAGGCCAAUGAAAACAGUCUGCUCAGCGCACAGCUGAAAGGCUUCCCCCUCUUUCUUCACUCUAACUUGGGUCUGAAGGACUGCGUUGUCAACCCCAAGUCCCCCUUGCUCUUUAUCACUCGAUCGGGGCAGCCCCUGCCAGGUCCCCUCCCCGGGGAUGACUGGACCGUUUUCCAGUCCAACCACUCAACGUAUGAGCCCGUACUGCUGGCCAAGACCCAGUCAGCUGAGAGUGUUGCAUCGAUGGGACAGAAUGCUGCUCUGCUCCCGUCGGUGGUGCAGGACCUGGGGCUCCAUGAUGGUAUCCAGAGGGUCCUGUUCGGCAACAACUUGGUCUUCUGGUUGCACAAGCUGGUGUUUGUGGACGCUGUGGCCUUUCUGACGGGGAAGAGGCUCUCGUUGUCCCUGGAGCGCUACAUGCUGGUGGAUAUAGAUGACAUCUUUGUGGGCAAAGAGGGCACACGCAUGAAGGUGCUUGAUGUUAAGGCCCUGCUGGAGACACAAAGGGAGCUGCGCACCCAUGUGCCCAACUUCACCUUCAAUCUGGGCUUCUCAGGGAAAUUCUUUCACGCUGGAGCUGAUGAGGAAGACCUGGGAGAUGACCUGCUGCUUUCCUACGUGAAGGAGUUCUGGUGGUUUCCUCACAUGUGGAGCCACAUGCAGCCCCAUCUAUUCCACAACCAGUCCGUGCUGGCCGAGCAGAUGUUGCUCAACAAGAAAUUUGCCAUGGAGCAUGGGAUCCCCACUAAUAUGGGCUAUGCGGUGGCGCCCCACCACUCUGGCGUCUACCCUGUCCACAUGCAGCUGUACGAUGCCUGGAAGAAGGUGUGGGGCAUUAAGGUCACCAGCACAGAGGAAUACCCACACCUGAAGCCUGCUCGCUUCCGGCGAGGUUUUAUCCACAGCGGCAUUAGCGUGCUACCCAGGCAGACGUGUGGUCUUUUCACACACACCAUCUUCUAUAAAGACUACCCAGGCAGUCCGAAUGAACUGGACAAGCUGAUCAAUGGAGGAGAACUCUUCCUCACUGUUUUGCUGAACCCUAUUAGUAUCUUCAUGACUCAUCUGUCCAACUACGGGAACGAUCGUCUCGGCCUGUACACCUUUAAAAGCCUGGUGACGUUCCUCCAGACGUGGACCAACCUGAAGAUGCAGACCCUGCCACCUGUUCAGCUGGCUCAGAAGUACUUCAGCCUGUUUCCCUCUGAGAGAGAUCCACUAUGGCAGGAUCCUUGUGAGGACAAAAGGCACAAGGACAUCUGGUCCAAAGAGAAAACAUGUGACCGCUUCCCCAAACUGCUCGUCAUCGGGCCUCAGAAGACAGGGACGACAGCGCUCUACCUGUUUCUUGGCAUGCACCCUGACCUGACCAGUAACUACCCCAGCAAGGAGACCUUUGAGGAGAUCCAGUUCUUCAAUGGGCACAACUACCACAGAGGCAUUGACUGGUAUAUGGAGUACUUCCCUCUGCCCUCCAACACCAGUUCAGACUACUACUUUGAGAAGAGUGCCAACUACUUUGAUUCUGAUGUGGCUGCUCAGAGGGCUGCAGCUCUCCUGCCCAAAGCCAAGAUCAUCACCAUCCUCAUCAACCCAGCGGACAGAGCUUACUCCUGGUACCAGCACCAAAGAGCCCACGAUGACCCGGUAGCGUUGAAAUACUCCUUCCACAACGUCAUCACCGCAGGCCACGACGCUCCAGUCAAACUACGGGUCCUCCAGAAUCGUUGUCUGGUGCCAGGCUGGUACGCCAUCCACCUGGAGCGCUGGCUCAACUACUACCACUCCAGCCAGUUGUUAGUCUUGGAUGGGCAGAUGCUGAAGACUGAACCUGCUUCAAUCAUGGAUAAAAUCCAGAAGUAUCUGGCCCUGGUCAACGUCAUCAACUACCACAAGAUCCUAGCGUUUGACCCUAAGAAAGGCUUCUGGUGUCAGCUGCUGGAGGGAGGAAAGACCAAGUGUUUGGGGAAGAGUAAAGGGCGCAGGUACCCUGACAUGGACCCUGAGUCCCAGGGCUUCCUCAGGGAGUACUAUAGGGAUCACAACAUUGAGCUGUCCAAGCUGCUCUACAGGAUGGGUCAGCCGCUGCCCAGCUGGCUCAGAGAAGAGCUGGUCCACACCAGGUAGCAGCACCACAGGGGGAGACCACAGCUCCACACACUGAACCACUGCUCCGCCCUGCUGGGGAACUCUGCCCGAGUGGCCUGAAAUGUUGAAGAUCCCAAAUAGUUUUGAAAGAGACUGAAAUAUAUCCAAAUUAGAGGAUGGGAUACCCAACCAGAACUCAAAACGCAACUGUGAUCUUCCCAAAUGAACAGGACAACAUUGGAUGGUGAGCAACGAGAGAGUGUAGUUGCUUUCAGCAGCUGAUAGCGAUCCCCUCCCUCCCUGAGCUUCGAGAUGCUGUUACUCCCCUGCAGGACAAACCAGGACCAUGGAUGCCCUAAAACUGGCCUCCGCUGUGUCCUGCAGAAGAAGGAAAGGCUCGAUGACGCACAACAGGGACCUUGAGGGUUUGAUAAUCACGUCCGUGCUCUCCUAAUCAAUCCUUCUCUGCUUCGCAUGAACUUCAUCUCGAAAAUCAAAGGAAGGAAAAAAAAAAACGUCUGAAGCUUGAGCAGUCGUAAGUUUCAGCUCUGGGAAACAGGUGGAAGCAAUGAUCACGACAUCACCUGUGUCUCCAGCUAUGAGUUGUGGUGUUAGGAGCACAUUAAAACAGGCAACUUAACAUUAACUUAAAUGGAUGACAGCCUGAUUGACAGAGAGACAUUGGUUGCAAAUGCCUUUGACAUAAGUAAGUGUUUGUAUGAGAGGAGAUGAAAUGGGACAUCUGGAGUCUUGACUCAGGCUGCAUGUUGUAGCCUUACUCGAUAGGCUUUGGUAGAAUCUAGUUAUCGCAUUUACAAGUGCCAGGACAGAAUCUUCAUUAAAAUAUUACCACGUGGACUUUUGAGGGUUCGUUUUUUUUUUUUUAAGGUUUUAUGUCUUCUUUUCUCAGAUUUUGUUUUAACGUAUCUAUAAUGCUGACAGCAAUGCAUUAUUGUAGAAUGUACCAAAACUAAACAUCUUAGCUCAGUUUUCUCAUAUAGGCCAGGUGUAUACAACACUUGUUUGUUCAAACUGUUCGGCUCAGCCUCCUCUGUAGUCAGUUCCAUGACCAUUAAAUUGGCUAGAGAAGGUACAGUAGGAUAGAUGUUGAUAGCACAAUAUUUAAGGCACUCAAGUGGACAUCGAUUCUGAACAUACAGGUUACUGGAAAGCACACUAACAAAAUGCAUCCUACUACAAUCUGUGAAGAAGAUCAUAAGCUAGCUACUGUAUGUUUAAUUACACACUCUGGUCAUAGAGAUUUAGAUAGUGUACAGAACAAGAUUGCUCAUUUCAAAUCUGUUUUCAGCAUUGAAUUUUUAAUUUUGUUGUUGUCAAAACUGUAUAUUUUGUCUUUAUAUUUUGUUUCAUUUCCUUUAGUAGUGGAGUUUAAUUUUGGGGUAAAAAGCUGUCUCUGGGAAAAAGCGUUUAAAGUUGCCAGGCAAACCAACAGUAGGCCCAGUGAGACCAUACAGACGUUUGGUUGUCGGUCAAGGUGUUACCACUGCAACUAGAUGUCAAGCAUAGAUAACAAAAAGCUGCUCUUAUUGCAAUAGUUUUGUACAAUGUUCUGAUGUAAUAACAAUGCACAUGUUGGUCCUUUAUUUCAUGACUUUGUAAUGUACAUAAUACGCAACCCUCGGUAUACCUAAAUUAUUGAAUGUGUUUGGGUUUACACUCUCCAUCAGCACAUUCCCAUAGUGUGAAAUGUCAGUGCUGUACUGAGGGGAGUUUGGAUUACUUCAUCAUGCGGAGCUGUGUCGCUAAGAUUGUUUCCUCUCAUGUCCUCUCACUGCCAACUAUUGUACACAGGUACUGAGUCUCUCCAUAUAAAGUAUUAAGUGAUAACAUAACGGCAAUGAUGGUACUAAUCUCCUGGACUGUAUGAUAAAGAUUUGUAAUUGUUGUCAAUAAUUUUUACAGUGUAACUAAUAUUGUCGGUGCUUUUUAAUUUGCAAAUAAAACACCACUGUAUUUUUCAA